AUGAAACGCUACUUCAAGCCAGCCACGAAAGCGACAGCUCCUCAAAUCACCUCGACCGCUCCAGAGAGACAUGUAGGAACCGAGGCGGAGAAACAUGGCCGAAUGGCGGAGAGGGACGGGGAAACGGCGGAGAGAGAUGGGGGAAUGACGGACGGACGCAGUGCUGCGGGGAAAUGCGCAGGAGAAGCGGGGACAGCCGGGGGAGUCAAACGUCCUGCGGAAGGCCCCCCUGCGGAGUACUGUCGCGAAUCUUUUCGCGGAAGGGAGGAGCAAUUGGAAUCCAGGGAGCAGGGCGAGCAACGGCAAUCAACGAAGGCCGACGAGCCAGCGCAAGGGGAAACAGUAGCGCUUCAAGAGCCGUUGAGAAUAAUGUCUUGGAAUGCCAACAGCUUCCUACUCCGGCUGAGACACGACCGGGCGGAGUUACUUGGCUUUAUCAACAAGCACUCGCCUGACGUCAUUGCCAUUCAGGAGGUGCGCAUGCCAGCAGCAGGGCGGAAGGGCGGACCUCUCAACCAAUCAGAGCUCAAGGAUGACACGAAGCAAGCCCGGGAGGAGAGGCAGUUCAUGCAGCAUGCAUUGGCAUCACCGCCAUUCUCCCUGUACCGGGUGUGGUGGUCCCUCGCUCCCACCAAGUAUGCCGGCACUGCCAUGCUGCUCAAACGCUCCCUGCUGCCGCACCUCCUCUCCGCUUCCUUCUCCCUUGAUGUAAGGACAGCGGAGCAGGGAAAGCAGCGAAAGCACGAGGCAGACGGGAGGGCGAUCAUCCUGGAAUUCCCAUCCAUCCGCCUCGUCAACACAUACGUGCCAAACAAUGGCUUCUCCAAAGACUCUCCCAGCUUUCCCCGCCGCGCCGAGUGGGACGAUCGCAUCCGUCGGUUUCUCACCAGCGACGCCGUGCAAUCCAAGCCGUUGAUCUGGCUGGGUGAUCUCAAUGUGAGUCCGACAGACGAUGACGUCAGCGACCCUGAGUUCUUCCGUACGGCGACCAAUGGCGAGCCCGCUACUGAUCCCGGGGAUCGGGGCCAGCCGGGGUUCUCUCCCAACGAACGGAUGAGAUUCGCCGAGACUCUCAAAAGAGCUGGCCUCUCAGACGCGUAUCGCCACAUGCACCCCAGCAAGGACAUGCAGGCAGGCUUCACAUGGAGUGGCAACCCCGUGGGGAGGUACCGGGGCAAGCGGAUGCGGGUUGACUACUUUUGUGUGUCCAAUGACCUUCUACCCCGGGUGGAGACAUGUGAAAUUCACGGGCGAGGGUUCGAGGGGAAUGGGUUUCUAGGAAGUGAACGUGGGGCUGAUCAAGGUGUUCAACGGGUGAACGUGGGGCUGAUCAAGGUGUUCAACGGGUUCGGCCCCAAGGCACCCGACCUGGCGUACUGGGUGGGGAUACACGGGGUGCCUCAACAGUCAUUCCCCCCAUCCCCCGCAUCCCCGCGUCUCCCCACGACUUCCCGCGUCCUCCCCUCUCCCCCCCCUCCCCCCUCCUCCUCCCGCGCGCAGGUGAACGUGGGGCUGAUCAAGGUGUUCAACGGGUUCGGCCCCAAGGCACCCGACCUGGCGUACUGGGGGUACACGGGGUGCCUCAACAACCGGUCGUGGAUCCGAUACGCCGAGGAGACGCAAUACGCCAAGCCCUGGAUGACCAACGCCUGGCUCGCCUUCGUUGAUGGGCCGGACAGACCAAUGAUAGAGAAGUCACUCGGAUGCCAGUUUCAGAGCAUCAACAGCUUAGAGGCGAAAGUAAGCCCACGGAAGGACUGCUACGUGGUGAACCUGUUCCAGUUCAGCCCUUUCUACAACUGGUCGCAGUGCACCGAUUACACCGACCGCUUCGGCGAGGGCUGCAGCGACCUCAACACCAAGUGGAAGAGCCGCGGCAGCCCUCCGUACCGCUUCCGAAACGGCCACAUCGGAUUCAGUUUUGGCAUUCCAGUGCUGCGUCACCCAAUAAGUGACAACGCCACGUCAGAGGAGGUUCUGGCGGCGCUGGCGGGAUUCUUAGCUCCUGGCAUCGACGCCGAGGCGCUCAUAAAACACACACUCUACUCUGUACUCGAUACAGGCAAUUCCUCCGCCAUCUCAUUCACAAUGUAUGAUGUCACCAACGCAUCCAACCCCCUGAUGGUCGUUCAACCCUUCCCAGACGACUUCAUCGGAAGGCGAUACGAGGGCCACUGCCGCUACCGCCACCCUCCCCCCGUCUGGGGGACCCUCCUCGCGCCCAUGCUCCUCGGGCUGCUCGUGCUGCUGGUGGCGGUGCUGUUGACGUUUAUCAUAGUGUCGCUCGCGAGGAAGAAGGCGAGGAUACGGCAGCAGAUGGCGGAGGUGGAGGAGUAUACUCUCGCGCUGGAGCAGGCGGAGCGGUCGAAGAGCGAGUUUGUCGCGAACCUGUCGCAUGAGCUGAGGACGCCUAUAACGGGGAUGCUGGGGAUGAUGGACUGGCUGCUCGAGUCGAGCCUGUCAGAGUGGCAGCACCGGGAUUUACUGGAUGCAAAGACGUGUGCCGUGGAAGCUAUAGGACUGCUGAAUAGCGUUCUGGACCUCGCCAAGCUGCAGGUAGGACUGAGGCUACGAGUAUCUGCCUCUGUGGCAGCAAGGUGUGCUUGUGGCAACAGCGUUUUGGAUCUGGCCAAGCUGCAGGUAGGGGGUGUGGGCAAAAGGGUGGGGGUGUGGGCUGCGCGCAUGUGCAAGGUAGGCCUGUAG